UUUCAGAAAUGUAAACCUAUAUAUUUGUUUUGUAAAAAUUUUACUUUUAUUUAUUAAAUUAUAGGUUUAUUGAUAGUGCAUGUGGGAGAUUUCGUUUGGUUAUCGAAACAUCAAUAUGAGACUCUUAAGCCGAUAUUUCUUUGUUAAAUACGUAUAUACUGGGUUUCAAACAAGUACUAAUUACGAUAUUUCUUUUCGGCAAUAUAUGACUAUUGUUGCUAAUAAAUAUGCAUUAUCAAAAUAUUCCUCCGUUUUUUCAUAUACUGUAUUGGGAUAUUCAUCAGAUAACAAAAAACAAUUUUUAAAUUUAGAGAAAAAAACUGGAGCACUAAAAGAUGUCUUUGAACAUAGAAAAGAACGGUUAAAAGAUACAGAAUACAGAAUUCGACAGAAAGGCGAGGAAAUUGUUAGAGAUAUAAAACAGCAAAAAGAAAUUACUGGACAGAGAAUUAGGGAGAAAAAAGAACAUUUAAUAAAGGAUAUUUUAGAAACUAAGGCAAAAGUCAAAGUAAGAUUAGAGGAAGUUGUUGAGAGAGAAAAUGUGUUUACCAUACCAAAUAUAUUGUGUGUAACUAGAAUAGCAUUGUCUCCUUAUCUGGGUUAUGUAAUAUUACAAGAUGACUAUAAUUUAGCCUUAGGAUUGAUGGUGUUUGCAGGAAUCACUGACUUGUUGGAUGGUUGGAUAGCAAGAACUUGGAAAAGUCAAUCAUCGAAAAUGGGAUCAUUUUUAGAUCCCAUGGCAGAUAAAGUACUCAUAGCGACCCUCUUCAUUUCUCUCACAUGGCAAAAUUUGAUACCAUUAAGUCUGACUUUGUUAAUUGUGAGUCGUGAUGCUGCUUUGGUAACAGCUGGUUUUGUCAUUCGAUAUAUGAGUCUCCCACCUCCCAGAACACUUAGCAGGUACUUUGAUGUGACACAUGCUACAGCACAACUUGCACCAACAUUUAUAAGCAAAGUGAACACUGCAAUACAAUUAUUGCUGGUUGGAACUACUCUUGCAUCUCCUGUAUUCGGAUAUGCGAAUCAUCCUGCAUUACAAACACUCUGUGGUGUCACUGCCGUGUCUACAGUAGUAUCAGCCAUAAGUUACUUAGUUAGUAAGGACACCUAUAAGUUUCUAAAGAAAAAUCGCGAAUGACAUGAAAUCGCCUGAAAGAUUGUCUAAUAGUCUUCCAGAUAUUCUUUAGUAAUGUCAUAAUACCAAGAUAAAUUAUUUUGAAAUUGUAAAUUGUGCAAUGUACAGUAUGUAAAUAAAAGUUUUAAA